UCCCCGGGCGCUGCACUGCAAUGGAAAGCAGGGAAGAGCAGCAGGAGCAGCACCCGCCGCGGGGGAAGGAGGAGGAGGAGGGGGAAGAGGAAGAAGAAGGAGGAGAAGGGGCAGAUUGAGGAGAGCCCGAUAAGUCCCGGUCCGGCCUCUGGGAACAGACAGAUCCAUCCCGAUCUGUUCGCUCAUCUCGUUUGCAGCCAUCCCAGUUGCAAUGCUGCUGCGCUGCUGAGUGGAUCGCCAGCCCCCACCCCACCCCCGGGCUGGGGAGACUAGAUCCCUCCCGAUCUCCUUUUGAUCUUGCACAGCUGUGGGACCGAGGAGCCGGCUUUUCUCGCCUAUUCCUUCUCCGGGUCCCGAGCGCCUCCCUCCUUCCCUCUCUCUCUCCCCCACCCCCCUCCAGCCGCCUGGCCCUCCCCAGCUCCUCCAGCCAUGACCGUUCCGGAUUUCACUUUAUAAAGAUGGCGGUGUGGGAUCACUGCAACCUUUAGACUCAUGACUGUCAGAAACAUCGCCUCCAUUUGUAAUAUGGGCACCAAUGCCUCUGCUCUGGAAAAAGACAUUGGGCCAGAGCAAUUUCCGAUCAAUGAGCACUACUUCGGACUGGUCAAUUUCGGGAACACUUGCUACUGUAACUCCGUCUUGCAGGCUCUGUACUUCUGCCGGCCAUUUCGGGAGAAUGUGUUGGCAUACAAGGCCCAGCAGAAAAAGAAGGAAAACCUCCUGACCUGUCUGGCAGAUCUUUUCCACAGCAUUGCGACUCAGAAGAAGAAAGUUGGCGUGAUUCCACCCAAAAAGUUCAUCUCAAGAUUGCGGAAGGAGAACGAUCUCUUCGACAACUACAUGCAGCAAGAUGCCCAUGAAUUUUUGAACUACUUACUGAACACUGUAGCCGACAUUUUACAGGAGGAGAAGAAGCAGGAGAAGCAAAAUGGGAAGUUGAAAAAUGGCAACAUGAAUGAAAUGGAACAGAACAACAAGCAAGACGUCACCUGGGUGCAUGAGAUUUUUCAGGGAACGCUGACGAAUGAAACGAGGUGUUUGAACUGUGAAACGGUUAGUAGCAAAGAUGAAGAUUUUCUUGAUCUCUCUGUUGAUGUGGAACAGAACACAUCCAUUACUCACUGCUUAAGAGACUUCAGCAACACAGAAACCUUGUGCAGUGAACAGAAAUACUACUGUGAGAUGUGCUGCAGCAAACAAGAGGCACAAAAGCGGAUGAGGGUAAAAAAACUGCCCAUGAUCCUUGCGUUACACCUAAAGAGGUUUAAAUACAUGGAGCAAUUGCAUCGCUAUACUAAACUCUCUUACCGUGUGGUAUUCCCUCUGGAGCUACGCUUAUUCAACACAUCGGGAGACACCAUAAAUUUGGACCGCAUGUACGAUUUGGUGGCUGUUGUUGUCCACUGUGGCAGUGGGCCCAAUCGUGGACAUUAUAUUACCAUUGUGAAAAGUCAUGGAUUCUGGCUUUUGUUUGACGAUGAUAUUGUGGAGAAAAUUGAUGCACAGGCUAUUGAAGAAUUCUAUGGUUUGACUUCUGAUAUAUCUAAAAACUCAGAAUCUGGAUAUAUUUUAUUUUAUCAGUCAAGAGAGUAGCUACGAGCUCUGAUACUUUCCCUCUCAAGAUGAGAAACUUACCAGUGCUGUUCACUGGCCUCUGCAUAGACCCAUCCACUAUGAUCCAACGAUGAUAAACUCAUCUUCAAAUGGUUGUCUGAAACACUCCAACUUGGACUGGAAGAUAUCUUUUCUUUAAUCUGACUCACUAACAAGGACAUAUUUAUAUGGACUGACAUGCUCAUCUGCUGAAUCCUGCUGAACUGAGGUAUAAUGUUACAUAGCUGUACACUACCACCAAGGACCAUUUGUUUACUCUUUCUGAAGAACGAUUCCUUUGCACCAGUGGUUUUCAAACUGUAUUCUGGGGAAUCCUGGGCAUUACUGGAAACCUCUUGGGAGUCCCCUGAUGAGAAAAUUGCUAAUGAUGGACAUCCAUCUUUGAAAGUACUGUGAAUUCAUAUAGGGCAAAGAUGAGCCCAAAUACACUCAAGGCCAAGCUGCAAAAUUACAAUACACUCUAGGACAUAUCCCAGAAUCCUCUGCAAAGUGCAGAGGGUUCCAUGACAGACACAUAGGGGCUCCUCAGCCUAUGAACUCACAUGGAAAGGAUUCACAGAAGACAGAAUAUUUGAAAACCACUGUUUUAUGUACACACAGCUCAUUCUUGUGGUAAGUGAAAAGAAAUAUAUUUCCUGAGUAUUGGCACUGAAGUAAGUUCACAGUUAUGUCACACGGCGUUCUUCAGCUGGAAGGCUAUUUAUUUUCUCCUGAUCCUUUUAAGCUCUGAGUUAUUAAAACAUUAAAUUGGCAAUCUCAGAUCGUAAAUCCUCUCAAAGGGAUUUCAGUCCCACUGGGAACAAAUCACACCAUGUAUCUAGUCUUCCUUUUUAGUGGGACAUACAUAAGCUAAAAAGGUCCUUUGGAUUCCCACACUGUUAAAAAAAAAAGCUUUAGGGGAAUUUUGUAGUGAAGAUCAGAGUAAAUUGUGCUUCCAUAUUGUUUCCACUGUGUAACUAGUGAUAGUGUCUUUUUAAACCCGAAGGUUUACUUGACUUUGCACAUGACACAGUAUCAUGACUGCCAGCAAAUAUUUGGACAUCAGGUACACAGCUUCCACCCAAGCCUCCACAGGGCUCUAGCACACUCGGAACUCAGUGUGAACAGGGGUGUCCUCAGUGUUGGGGAAAGUGACGUGCAUAUAAGAGCUCACCUAUGUAUACCAGAGUCACGGGAUUUGGUCGAAUACCUGUCACUUGCUUGACUCUGCAAAGGAUUGGCUUAUGCAAGCUCACAGGGCCCUGGAGACCUUGCAACUGGGGGUACGUAGCAAACUCCUGCUGGGACAGUGGUCCCUCAUAAACUUGCCUGGAUGCCACAUGUGCAGAGUUCAAGCUUUUUGUUAGUGCAAGGUAUAUAGGCUGUAUAUCAGCAGCCUUCCUCUGGCCCGGUAGGCAGAGAGUUUCACUACAUUCCUUCUCUUUCCCUCGAGUUCAGCAGACUGGGGGUGUUCCUUCACUUGUUCUUUUGGAUAUCCCGAGCAUCAGUUUGCUGCCUCCUUUCAGGCCCUUCCUAAUUUCCAGAGUCUUCUUAUGCUGGGAAGCCACCUCCCGUCUGCUGCUAUCUACACCUGGUGUAGCCCUGAACUUCUACUAGCAGCGGCCGCCAUGUCCAGUGUCCCAUGGCACUAAUCCUGGCCAUCCUGGUCUCUGUGAGGUUGCCGAUCCAACUUCAGGCUGCCUCUGCUUAGGCCUGCCUUGGCUGGGUCACUUGCCCCUGGUGGUGCUGCCUGAUGAUCGCUCGCCUUGGAGCUCCUGCAGCUACAACUGGUUUUUGGCAUGUUGCAUUGGCUGCAUGGGGACCUAAAUGCCAUGACAUUUUCAUGUUAUUCAGCAGCGUCUUUGCAAAUUAAUAACCAAGUUCCAUUUUUUUUCAUAAGAAUCCAGGACGGCUAGGAGUAGACUUGAUUCUCACUGGCUUCCGUUACAUUCUGCAGGAGACAGAAAGUGGGCUUCUUUUGGCAAUUUCUUGGCAUGUGUGGAUCCCAUAGAAUCCUAUUCCUGAAGUGAGCAGUGCGUAGUCUUGACUCCACUAGGGGAAUGAGUAGGAGAGGGUUGUGGUAUGUCAAACUCAAGCAAGUUGGAGGCCUUGCUGGGGAAAGGAGGGGGAGAUCUUCUGACCCACAGGAAACGCUGAGGCUGAGCAGGUCUCCUGGCUUUGGGAAGAUCCAGAAUGUGGAAUUAGAACAAUGAAAAUACUCUUCUCAGAGGGAAGCGUUUUCCAACCUAAAACGAGACGAGGCCUUGGUGAAUGUUAUUUUAACACAGAUUUGAGUCCAGUAGCCCCUUGGAGACCGACAAGAGUUUCAGGGUAUGAGCUUUCGAGUGUUGAGUGCAGAUGAACUGCAGACCAACAUGGCUGCCCUCUGAAAUUAUUUCACCACAGUCCAGAGAAGAGACAGACUGGCAUAGAGAUGCCACAGGCCAAAGCAAUUUCUGGAUUUCCAAAAGGGAAUAAUUCCAUAAUGUAUCACUGCUAUUCUCUGCCCUCCCCUCUACAUCUCAGUUGAUUCCUGCCCUUGGGGGAUUUUCUGCUGAGCCCAGAGCUGGAGGGAGGAGCAUAGUGAGAGCAAAGGAGAAGAUGGUUAGCUUAGUAGACUUUAGAAUUUAGUUAUGGAUUUUUCUUUUCUUGUAACAGGGACGUAAAGUCAGUGCCUAUGAGAAUAUAGACUUAGUUCUGUUGAUGCAGUGAAACAGUAGGAAGAAGGUGGUGGCCAUGCCAGAAACUGAAAAGACACAAGAUUCUCAAACACUUGUGAAUGUGCUGUCAUAGACUUGGUUCAUAAUAAUCCCAUAAUUAUAUGAAUAAUUUGUUCAGCAUGUAUAGAAGGAUGUGGCUUACAAGAGUCAUUGGGAGGACUUAAAACAGGAGGGUGAAAAAGGGCUCUUCCUACAGAUUUUAUUGAGGGCAAAGAA